AACGAAUCAAUAGAUAGCGAAAGAGAAUCGAGGAGGAAUUCUCAACUCAACGGCGUUCAGAAAUAAUUGAUGACAUCUUUGCAGAAUUUACAGUAACUCACAAAUUAUGGCGACUAAAAGCACGGUAAUAGUGACAGGAAAUGUCUGUCUGUCAGAUAGCCGACGAAACUCCGUGAUGAAGCAGAAGAGCAAACCAACCAAUGACAAGCAUAUCAAGACAGAGGCGGCAAUGUAGCCAUUCAGCCAUUCAUGGAUACAUUGUUGCAGUGUGAUACUCCUGUGAAUUAUGUAUUGACAAGUCUGGUCUUCUCCUAUGCAACUAAAAUUAAAAUUAUAGCAGCCUCAUCUAUAAAACCCAUGCACUGAUUGGCAAAUAUUGUUUGACAAUUGACUGUAGGUGUCAGCUGUUGUAAUGGAUAAUAUUUAACUUGAUCUAACCUUUAGACUUUGAAUGAAGAGUCUUGCCACUCUCAUUUACAUAGGCCUAGAGUGAUAAAGCAGCCAGCUAUAAAAACAGUGUUUCCCACCGGCGUUGGGGUAUACUGGUGUUGCUAUGCGAUGACUUUAAAAGGCUAUCAAUAUGUUUUUUUUAUUUUUAGGGUUUGAACCUUUUGGAGAUCACACCAUCAAUGCUAGCUGGGUGGCAGUACAGGAACUGAAGCGGUUAGGCUUGGUUCAGAAUGUGGAUCUGCACAUCUGUGAGGUGCCAGUGGAGUACCAGGCAGUUCAAAGUCUGCUUCCAUCUCUAUGGAAACAGCACCAGCCACAGUUGGUGGUCCAUGUCGGAGUCUCUGGCAUAGCCACUACGGUCACCCUGGAGAAAUGUGGCCACAACCACGGCUACAAGCGGGUGGACAACUGCAGCUUCUGUCCAGACUCUCAGUGCUGUAUGGAGGGGGGCCCUGAAUGCAUCGAUUCAGUCAUAGACAUGGACCUGGUAUGCAAGAGGGUCAACUCCUCAAGGCUGGGUGUGGCAGUGUCAGUAUCAAAGGACGCAGGCCGAUACCUAUGUGACUACACCUACUACACGUCACUGUACCUGGGGAAGGGCAGGUCAGCGUUCGUUCACGUUCCUCCUCUGGGGAAGCCCUACAAUGCCCAGGACCUAGGCAGAGCCUUGCAGGCCAUAGUGGGAGAGAUGCUGGAGCUUGUGGGUCAAGCUGAGCGUGAUGACCAUCACCGCCACCACUGCAGCCACCAGCACCAUCAGCAUGCUCACUAAAGAAAGACUUCCGGUGACCUUUGUCCUCAACUCACUGCUGCUGUCCUCAAUGGACAGAUAAAGCACUUAAAACAUCAUCAGCAUCUACCCAUGGUAGUCUGGGGAGCGUUAGCUAAAGAGAGGGGCAUCGGCACUCCACUGUUGUAGAAACUCGAGAAAGGAAGAGUAUGUGAAUAAACUUAGGCAGAGCCAUGGCUCUAUCCAUGGAUAGUAUAUCUAUGGCUCUGGGUGUGGAUGUUUGACUGCAUUUCACAAACAGAGUAAUGGUCCAAUGAACGGCGCUGUAGAUGAGAGAAACAUCUUUGUAUAUCCAGUGUGCACAGACGUGUGCUUUUAAGCCAAGUCCUCCUGACAGCCAUACCAUUGGCUGCUUCUCACUAUUUUCAAUAGUUCCCCUUUUAGUUCCUUAUUCACCUCACCAAUCACUCUUUGACAUAAUGGUUAAUGUAGUGUGCCGUUUAUUGGAUCAGCUCCAGCUCCCCCUUUGUCUGUCAUUAAUAUUUGUUGUGAAAUUGUAAAAUAUCUGUAUAUUACUAUAGUGUACAAUAUAAGGAGGAAAAAAUAUGUUUUCUUUGAUAAAUGUACCUCAAUCAUGUGUUAAUAUCUCAGGUAAUUUAUUGCAUAUACAAUCAAUAUUUAUAAUGUGAUGAAUAAUGAUAUAACGUUUUUUAUCUUGUGUUCUCUACUUCAGAACAGGUCUAACCCUGUGAUUAAAUCACUCAUGUCAGA